UUUGGAAGAACAACCAGUGCUCUUAACUUCUGAGCCAUCUCUCCAGCCCUAUUAUUUAUUUUUUGAGACAGGGGUCUCUGUGUAGCCUAGCUAGUCUGGAACUAUGUAGACCAAUCUGUGCUCAACUGAUAGAUGUCCAACUGCCUCUGCCUAUUGAGUGCUGGGACAAAAGUCAUGCUGUACUAUACUCAGCCAGUAGCAAAAAUUUGACAACAUUCCUGACUGCCGAUAAUUAUAUAAAUAGAACUGGUACCUUUCUCAUGGCUUAUGGUUGUAUUUUUCUGAAUAGACGGAAAAGGCUAUAUAAAUUUUAUUUUUCUCAGGGACCUUGGGAUGAAAUGGAAUGGGGAUUUUGGGAGGGGUCCCCAGCCUUGAGAAGACUUCAGUCAGGUGAUGAUUCUGGUGUGCCUAGUGUAAGCUACACUCCUUUGCUGUGAUUUGCCUCCCUUGUCAGAGUGACCACCAGGGUGGUUGUGAAGAUAUGGCCUUGGCCCUUCACCUCGAGGGAAGAGAGAGCCAGAGGGAGAACCAGGGUCUGUGCACUUGCCACUGCUGAGCCAGGGCUGUGAUUCUAGACAAGUCCUCAGGAUUCCCUGUGCUCUGGUGCCAGACUGCCUGUGUUUGAAGUUCUGCUCCACCAAAUACCAGCCAGGCUCUGUGGCUCUCCUCCAUCUGUAAAAUGGAGAAUGUGGUCAUUGCUGUAGGAGUUAGUACUGUAGAGCACCUCCUAAACUCCACGUGUGUCCUAAGUAGGACUGUUUAUUGGCCUGUCCAGACCUCCUGUCAGGCUCAGUACCUAAAGGGCAGCCAGAAGAUGUUACUUUGAGCUUAGAUGAGGCCAUGUGGAUUAAAGCAGACUUUAGUGGAAAUGGACAUGUGUACAGAGAACUUUACUUCCUGUGUUGAGGUACUGGGUCAAAUGGAUGAUACGUCUUAACUAUAACGGGUACAGCACUCACAUAUGUCCUUAAGCAAAAUCCACAACUUGACACCCAGACAUUUUAGACUAGCUACAUAGAGCUUUAACAUGGGGGAAACAUACCAAGGGCUAGUCGAUGAGAAAACAGCAAGCUGACCCAGCUAUUUUAUCUUGGUACUGUAAAAUAAAGGGUCUGUCUAGAUCACUCUGGAUGCAGAUGAUCUUUAAACCUCUUGGGUUACUCAGCUAGCUGACACCAGGAAGGUAGAUGCCGAUGCGCUUAGGUGAGAUGCUGUGCCAUGUAACAGGGGCAGCCUAGUGUCCUUUGUCUCGGUCAGUUUCCAUAGGCUGCCUGCCUGUCUACCUCAUAGGCAACUGGAGACUGCAGAGGCCUCUGAAGGGUUGGUUUCCUUCUGCCCACUGCCCGUCCUAACCUGAUAUCCCAGCCUGGGGUGAAUGAUAUCAGUUGUUGCCACAGGCACUUAAGAGGGAAGUUAAGGUAACAGUAUCCUUCCUGGACAGGCAGCCUGCCCAGGAUGUUGUCCAAGACUGUUUCUGAAUUCCAGCAGUUAUACAUUUUGGGGAGUGAGUGGAAACUGAAGGUUAACCUUUUGUUUGCUUAUGCGAUAAGCAAAGGAGCUAAAAGUCAUGGUUUGGGGGUAAACAGACAGAAAGGGUCGAGGUUUCUCCAUCAGGGAGGGAGUUAUGUCAGUCUGUGGAAAGUAUGUAAUCGUUUACUCAAGACUGCCCUGGGCCAGACUUCUGGUGGUUUCUGGAGAGGCAGCUGUAAGGUUCCUGCUUGAGCAGUGGUCAGCCAUUUUUUUGAUUGGUUAGAUUUUGCAGUAUAAAAUCAGACAAAGCUAGGGCUAUAAGCUAACCAGGGUGACCCAGCUUAUUCAGAGGUCACCUGGACAGUGGGAGACAAGACCCUGGGGUGCCUGCAGCCAUCUAGUCAGCUGUUAACUUUACAGCACAUUCUCUUUGAGACAGGGUUUCUCUGUGGCUUUGGAGCCUGUCCUGGAACUCACUCUGUAGACCCGGCUGGCCUCAAACUCCCAGAAAUCUGCCUGCCUCUGUCUUCCAAGUGCUGGGAUUAAAGGUGUGGCCCACUACCACCUGGCCACAGCACAUUCUCUUAGUGUUUGGGAGAGUAGAGUCAAGGAUUUGUUUUUCAAGAAACCCCUUGCCCUACUGGGAAGGGUCUUUUGAAGUCCUGCCUUGUGUUUAGUUUGGGGGCUAGCUAAAACUCAUCCCAAUAGAGUCUUAGUUACCAGAUAAGUAUUGGGCAGAGGAAGAGGAGUUUGUGUGAGUCAGGAGUUAGGCUCUGGAAUCGGUUCUGGGGCUGCUUCCCAGCGGAAGCAUUUACAAGUGUGAUUUCGAGUAAGUCACCUAGUUCAGGGCCACCUUUCUCAUCUAUAGGAUGGACUAAUGAAGCUUCCUGUGCCUGGCAGCUGGUCUUACUCAAUUCACUAGCCAGCCAGUGGGAGGAGUGCAAAAGGUUUUUGUUCCUGCAUGUCAGAUCCUUCUGACAUCAUGUAUGAUGAGGGGGUGGACAGUGGACUCAGGUGUCUCCCUGGCAACACAUCCUUCCCACCCAUAACUUUAGUGUCUGCGGCAGCACUCCAGUGAGGCCUGCUGGCUUCCAUUAUCUCAACACCUCCCUGCCCAGCCCCAAGUUACUCCCUGUGGAAUAAAGGCUGUCUGAUUUACCACUGUCAAGUAUUGACUGUUUUUCAUUAACCAAGCUAAAGGCUUAUCUGCUUCGGUAGAGGAACUGUCUCAGUGUUUCUGGAAUCUGCAGGACCAGGACACACUCAGUCCCCAUUAAGAUGGUGCUUCAGAAGGACUGGGAGUCAGCAGUUCUGUUGGCUUGCUGAAGAAAAGAGAGGAACCCCGGGACUGGGAUUUACCUACAGAAUAGUCCCACUGCCUAAAGUUGAAUUUGUUUUGCCCCCCAACUCCUCACAAGAUUUCCCUUGACUGAGCAGGCUUGAAGCAUUGGUGUGAAUGUGUUGCUUGGCAACAAGAUUUUGUGGUGUCUAGUUUCUCAAAUAGUCAACCCAUCAAUUUUCAGCCUUCCCCUCAGCUGGCCCGCAGCUCCCACCAGAGCCUCCUGUUAGACAAUCGUGUGUGGCAGAGGGAGGGACCAGAGACGGGUAAAGUUUAAUCAUUGAACCGAGCAGCUGGAAGUAUUUAGUUCUAGCACCCAGCUCCCGGCCUGAACGAGAGGUUGCAGCACUCCACAGAGGAGGGCAGUGACUGUACGGAAAUCUCUGCCUGUCUCAGGAACAACCAAACUCGGGAAACAUGUUUGCAGUACACUUGAUGGCAUUUUACUUCACCAAGCUGAAGGAGGAUCAGAUCAAGAAGGUGGACAGGUUCCUGUAUCACAUGCGGCUCUCAGAUGAGACCCUCGUGGACAUCAUGACCCGGUUCCAGGCUGAGAUGGAGAAAGGCCUGGGGAAGGACACCAACCCCACCGCGUCAGUAAAGAUGCUGCCCACAUUCGUCAGGGCCAUUCCAGAUGGCUCAGAAAACGGGGAAUUCCUUUCCCUGGAUCUUGGAGGAUCCAAGUUUCGGGUCUUGAAGGUACAGGUCUCUGAAGAGGGGAAGCAGAAUGUCCAAAUGGAGAGUCAGUUCUACCCAACGCCUAAUGAAAUCAUCCGCGGGAAUGGCACCCAGCUCUUUGACUACGUAGCUGACUGCCUGGCAGAUUUCAUGAGAACCAGAGAUCUGACGCAUAAGAAGCUGCCCCUGGGCUUUACCUUCUCGUUUCCCUGCAGACAGACUAAGCUGGAGGAGGGCUUCCUGCUUUCUUGGACCAAGAAGUUCAAGGCCCGGGGCGUUCAGGACACAGACGUGGUGGGUCGCCUUGCCAACGCCAUGAAAAAGCACAAGGACCUUGACGUGGACAUCCUGGCCUUGGUUAAUGACACCGUGGGGACCAUGAUGACUUGUGCUUAUGAUGAUCCCAGCUGUGAAGUCGGUGUUAUCAUUGGAACAGGCACCAACGCGUGUUACAUGGAAGACAUGAGCAACAUCGACCUUGUGGAAGGCGACGAGGGAAGGAUGUGCAUCAACACAGAGUGGGGGGCCUUCGGGGACGACGGGGCUUUGGAGGACAUUCGCACAGAGUUUGACAGAGAGCUGGACCUUGGCUCGCUCAACCCUGGGAAGCAACUGUUUGAGAAGAUGAUCAGUGGCCUGUACAUGGGGGAGCUGGUUAGGCUCAUCUUACUAAAGAUGGCCAAAGUCGGUCUCCUCUUUGGGGGUGCAAAAUCCUCCGCCCUCCUUACAAAGGGCAAGAUCGAAACACAGCACGUGGCUGCCAUGGAGAAGUAUAAAGAAGGCCUGGCCAACACGAGAGAGAUCCUGGUGAAUCUGGGCCUGGACCCCUCCGAGUCAGACUGCAUAGCUGUCCAGCAUGUGUGUACCAUCGUCUCUUUCCGUUCUGCCAAUCUCUGUGCUGCUGCUCUGGCAGCCAUCUUGACACGCCUCCGAGAGAAUAAGAAGCAGACCCGGCUCCGCACCACAGUGGGCAUGGAUGGAACCCUCUACAAGACACACCCUCAGUACCCCAAACGCCUGCACAAGGUGGUGAGGAGACUGGUCCCAAACUGUGAUGUCCGCUUCCUCCUGUCAGAGAGUGGCAGCACCAAGGGGGCCGCUAUGGUGACCGCAGUAGCCUCUCGGGUGCAGGCCCAGCGUAAGCAGAUUGACAAGGUGCUGGCUUUGUUCCAGCUGACCCGAGAGCAACUCAUAGGUGUGCAGGACAAGAUGCGGACUGAGCUCGAGUAUGGGUUGAAGAAAAAGACUCAUGCUCUGGCUACGGUGAAGAUGCUCCCCACCUAUGUCUAUGGGAUGCCUGAUGGCACAGAGAAGGGAAAGUUUCUUGCCCUGGAUUUGGGGGGAACCAACUUCCGAGUUCUCCUGGUGAAGAUCAGAAGUGGACGGAAGUCGGUGCGAAUGUACAACAAGAUCUUUGCCAUCCCCCUGGAGAUCAUGCAGGGCACUGGUGAGGAGCUGUUUGACCACAUCGUGCAGUGCAUCGCUGACUUUCUGGACUACAUGGGUCUCAAGGGGGUCCAGCUGCCUUUGGGCUUCACAUUCUCCUUUCCCUGCAGACAGACCUGCAUUGACAAGGGGACUCUAGUAGGGUGGACCAAAGGCUUCAAGGCAACCGACUGUGAAGGGGAGGACGUGGUGGACAUGCUCAGAGAAGCCAUCAAGAGGAGAAAUGAGUUUGACCUGGACAUAGUUGCAAUCGUGAAUGACACAGUAGGGACCAUGAUGACAUGUGGCUAUGAAGACCCCAAUUGUGAGAUUGGCUUGAUUGCAGGGACAGGAAGCAACGUGUGCUAUAUGGAGGAGAUGAGGAACAUUGAGCUGGUGGAAGGGGACGAAGGGCGGAUGUGCAUCAACACCGAGUGGGGGGCGUUUGGAGAUAAUGGCUGCAUAGACGACAUCUGCACCCAGUAUGACAAGGAAGUGGAUGAGGGCUCCUUGAAUUCAGGCAAGCAGAGAUAUGAGAAAAUGACCAGUGGGAUGUACCUGGGGGAGAUUGUGAGGCAGAUCCUGAUCGACCUCACCCGGCAGGGGCUACUCUUCCGAGGGCAGAUUUCACAGCGACUCCGGACCAGGGGUAUCUUUGAAACCAAAUUCCUGUCCCAGAUUGAAAGUGACCGGCUGGCCCUCCUGCAGGUCAGGAGGAUCCUGCAGCAGCUGGGCCUGGACAGCACGUGUGAAGACAGCAUUGUGGUGAAAGAGGUGUGUGGGGCCGUGUCUCGGAGGGCUGCCCAGCUCUGUGGUGCAGGCAUGGCUGCCAUCGUGGAGAAAAGGCGAGAAGACCAGGGGCUGGAGCACUUCAAGGUCACCGUGGGCGUGGAUGGAACGCUCUACAAGCUGCACCCUCACUUUUCCCGGAUUCUGCAGGAGACGGUGAAAGACCUGGCCCCCCAGUGUGACGUGACGUUCAUGUUGUCAGAAGACGGCAGCGGGAAGGGAGCAGCUCUGAUCACGGCUGUAGCCAAGAGGUUACAGCAGCAGGGGAAGGAAAACUAGGUGGCCUGCCAGGUCUGUGAUGCCCCGUGCCGACCAGGGACUACCAGAUGACCUCCUGGCUGACCUUCCCUCUCCAGGGCCGAAAGAGAGCCAGAGUUCUCAGUACCCUUAGCAUCCUGGUACUGGCUUUGCAGUAACACUCAGCAACACCUCCCUUUGGCAUAUUUUGGCCAAUGAUAGGUUGACUUUUGAAAUCAAAGGAUCUGGCCCAAGAGAUCCCAUUUUGGCCGGGCGGUGGUGGCGCAUGCCUUUAAUCCCAACACUCCGGAGGCAGAGGCAGGCGGAUCUCUGUGAGUUCGAGGCCGAGCUGGACCGACAGCCUCCAAAACAAUACAGAGAAACCCUGUCUCGUAAAACCAAAAAAAAAAGAAAGAAAGAAAAAAAAAGAUCCCAUUUUGGCAAAUUUUUCAGUUGAGUUGUCAGAGUUCAAUAGCUCCAAGUCCCUCACUGCUGGACUCAGAAUCUGCCCAGGAGGUUAGUGACUUAGUUCCUUUCUGGAAUCAAGCUACCUGUGGCAGGAGACUGGUCCCCAAGACCUAUGGAUGAACCCUUGAGAGGGAGAAAGACACUUAGUGACCUAGGGGAUCUAGCUUAACAUGGCCUCACUUGUCAUGUCGGCUUCAUAGGUGCUGGGAGAACAAGGGCUUUGGCACAUUCAUCUCCGAAUGAGGAGGAGCCCAUUGCCCCUGGAGCGAGGAGGAAUCGUAACCAGAUUCCUCUGGGGUGUCACUCUCCAGAUGUGUGUUGAGGGGUGGGACACCACGCAAGGUACUGUCUUCCAUUUCACAUCAUGCAGUAGGUGGCAGUCACUGCUGUCCCAUAUUUGUUUCAAGGACCGUUAGGUCUAUGAAAUACAGUCCGAAAAUAAAAGAAUCUUGAGUUUCUAGGAA